UAAUGGGGCACUCACCGCAAAACUUACCUUUCGGAUUUAAGAAACCGCAAUGCUGGCGCGAAUAUUUUGACCUGUCCGAAGGUGAUAGACAAAAGUUUCUCAAGCCAACGCUCUCCGAAGACGAUGUCCUCACAAUCGGUGAGUGCGUUUUGUACCCGAAGUGAAAAUACGUUUUGUUCAUAUUUUUUGAAUUACCUUUCACGUGCUCCGCGUUAGCUUUGCGUAAAGUGCGACCCAUCCGAUGCGCCCUUAGCCUACGGCGGUUUUCACAAUGAACCGUAAUUUGCAAAGUUAAGAAUUGCCUGGUUAACCGGCCUCUCUGUUUGCAAUGCCACCCUCUUUAUUCGAUCUUAUGGCAACUCUCGCCAACAUGGAACCCGAAUAACCGAAGUCCAAUUUUUGUGAAUUGGGGGUCAACCUGCGUAGACGAGAACUUCCUGCCAGGUACAGCCAUUUUGGCUAUACCUAUCUUUUUUCACGAUAGCCUUUUCUUACCUAUGUAAUAUAGUAUAUUCGGAAGAAGAAAUUAGAAGCAAUACUGUGCAGGCCUCCUUCACUAUAAUCUUGUCGUGCUCAAGUUAGUUGUCUUGCCGAUGACGACGGCAGUUAGAAGCUAUUUUUAAUCCAGAACACAAUAACGCCCCUGUUCAGCUUACCUUAAGUUUCGCAUUUGGAAACGCGCCUGUUUGACACACAGUAAACGUCAUAACCCUUUUAUUUACCAAGCUGGGAUUGUGGUUAUGUGAUUAAAUAGGAAAAUAAAUCUUUCAUGUAGAUGUGGAAUCUCAAGCUAAUCAUCGGGACUGCGAUAACAGCGAUUUGCCGGACAUGGACACCGCCCCUUCCGAGAAAACAUUGGAGCAAUUGAGGGAAGAAAACAUCGAUCUGAUCUGUCAACUAAAUAAGUGCAGGUAAUUUCUGGCCACCUUUGCUUAUUAAUGCUUGUUUUGACCUAAGAAAACUUUUGGUUGAAACUAUUGACGGACCGUCAUAUCCUGACUACGCUGCUGGCGAUCAUAAUGGUUCAUUUCAAUGUACCCUCGGCGGAGACGGCAAUGCCCAGUUGCAUCCAUUCACUCCACCCUACUGUGGUCUUCCGGUGGCCAUGCUUGCGUUACGUAAGUCAUAUACUUCUGUCCGUCUCGCUUAUUUUUUGUUUAACACCGACCCCCUAUCUCACGUUGUCUAUAAGCCUUGUACGCAACGCCGUAACUAGCCUUGUUCGGUUUAGGAUUAGAAUUGCUGCUUACACGAGAAA